CAUGCGCAAUCGCAACGAGGCUAAUCUCCUACUGUUAGAUCACCCUGUCUCUCUCGCACCAGAUUCACAACCUCUUCCUUCAUACAUAAAUCCCAAUCUACGCUCUCGUUUGGGUGUUACUGCUUUUAUUUAUUAAUUUAUUUUUCUCAUCAAGCUGCUGUUUCUUCCCUUUGGCACUUCUAGCCGAGGCAAUUCGAGGUCGGGGGCUCGAUUUGUCCGCAGCACGAACACUUUCGGAGGUUGGAUUGAAAGGGGGUGUAAUGGAGAAGGAGAAGAGCUGGAGGCACGAGGGUGGCAAGUUCAAGCGGCGGGCCUCGUCGUUGAAGUCACGAAAAUCUGGCAUUCAGGAGCCGUUGAUUGAAGAGGGAGGCCGGGGGGAUGUAGAGCAAGGCAACUCCAGCCGCCACUCCAGGGUUGUUGGAAAUGUGAAGCCGGCGAAUGCGGGAUGGGGUGGAGAGUACUUGAAGAGUAUUGUUUACGGUGGAUUGGAUGCCAUUGUCACCAGUUUCGCUCUCGUGGCCUCGGUCUCCGGAGGAGAUCUUCCUGCAGGUUCUGUUUUGGUUCUCGGCUUUGCAAAUCUUAUCGCAGAUGGCAUAUCCAUGGGCUAUGGAGACUAUCUAUCAAGUACAGCUGAAAAGGAUUACUCAGCAAACCAACAGCUUAUUAGCGACUGGGAGGCCGAAAAUGACAUUCAUGGCGAAAUAAUGGAGCUCGUAUCUGCUUAUCAAGAACAAGGGAUGGAGAAAGAUGACGCUGACAAGAUUGUUGACGUUCUCUCCAAAUACAAGGAUAUCAUGGUUGAUCAAAAACUGACUCUGACACAGGGUAUCCUUCCACCAGACCCAGAGGAUAGCCCUCUAAAAAAUGGACUUGUCACGUUCGCAUCAUUCCUUGCGUUUGGAUCUACACCGUUGUUGACUUACUUGAUACUCAAGCCUUUCACCAACAACAAUGACUUGAAGUUCCUUGGAGCUUGCAUUGUGACGAUCCUUGCUCUUGGUCUUCUCGGUGCUGCAAAAGCUCGCAUCUCAGGGCAGAAUAUGUUGUCCUCCAUUGCUGUUGUUGUCUUCAACGGUGGAAUUGCAGCUGCAGCAGCUUAUGGCAUCAGCUACCUUCUCAACAACGUCUUUCAAAUUCAGGAGUAGGUCGAGAUGAUUGUAUUCUGAUAAAAUAUUUCAGGAAAGUGGCACUUCAUAUAUUCUGAUAAAAUAUUAGGCAUGGUAACACCAUGAGCCACAUGUGGGAAAAUGUGGAAUAUCCAGCAUUUUGUGAGACUCGUUGCAGCGGCAAUGAACUCCUCUAGCACUUGACAUGGACCUGACUCCAUAGCCACGAGGCGGCAUUCCUGUUAUCGUGGGGUGGUCCACUAAAAAGAGGUUGUAAUUGUGUAGUAGAAUUGUUUACACUGCAUUAAACUGCCAAUUUUUCAACUUUGAUCUGGAUAUGCAUUCAAGGCUAGCUCUAGAGAUGGAUUCACUUUAAGGCUUCAAAGUGAAUAAUCCUUUGAUGUCAUUAUAACUCAGUGCUGUUAAAACUGUUAAGGAUUUUGUGUGUAAAAUUUGGCAUAUUUGCAAA